AAUUCACAAACACUAUUGUUAUUUAAGACGGUCCAGAGUGCAAGUGUUUUCAAGAGUUUUGAGACUGCUCUGCGCAUGAGGUAUUGUCGCCCCCUGAUGGAGAAGACCGGAAACGUCAGGCCUCGCGCUUAACCAACGCGCCUCAACAGCAGCUGCGCAACGGUGGGAAGUACUUCCGGCGGGUCAGCGUCGCCUCUUAGAAAAGUUACUAUUUCCCCGCGGACUUUUCCUCAAACCUAAAAUACUAGUCUAUCUCCCGAGCGCAAAGACGGCGUCUGGCAGAAUGCUUUAACGCGAACAGCCCUCGGAGAAAAACAGUUUGUAAUCCAACGGACUUUGUGCAGCGCGCCGGAGUGCGCGCGAGCGAGAGGAAGCAGUAUCCAACCAUCUUUCCUCUGCUGGCAAUAACAAGAACAGAGAAGGGUCCAAGUGGGGCUGCACUUCUCAAUUUAUCCUCCUUUUCUCCUUAUUUAUACUCGGAGCCGCGAGGUUGCACGUCCCCCGACCGAGACCGAGGAAUAUAAAGCGUCCACACCCGGGAUCGUAGCAUUAGUAGAUUAGCGAUUUGAUUUGGUAUUUCUUUUUUCAUGUUUCCAACAGGUUUACCUUCCCCUAAUCCCCCACCGCCAGCCCAAGAGCCCAGACCGGCUGCUUCUGAUGUUCACAACGACUGUAGCUUAACGUCUUCUAAGAAGAGGAAAAUUUACAGUUCCGAGAAGGAAGACAUUGAUUCAAUAUCUUCGUCUCCUAAAGCCAUUUGUAAUUCCUCCUCCACAACGUCCUGCUCUUCCAGCUCACAGCAGCAGCAGCACAUCCAGAAGAAGUUGAGGUUCGAGGACCCGCUGGAUUUGAUCGGACUGGAUGUGAAGAUGGCCGAGGAGUCGUGUAACUCUGCUGAAUCGUGUUCAAAGGCGAGAAAUGUGUUCCUGCCCGGAGGUGUCGGGCAUCAUGCUAACGGACUGACCAAGUCUGCCGGAUCCGCCACCUUCUCCAACAGCAAACCCGGUGCUGCGAAGAAACUUGUUAUCAAGAACUUUAAAGAAAAGCCCAAAUUACCGGAGAAUUACACGAAUGAGACCUGGCAGAAGCUGAAGGAGGCAGUAGAGGCCAUUCAAAACAGCACUUCAAUAAAGUACAAUUUAGAGGAGCUCUAUCAGGCUGUUGAAAAUUUGUGCUCCCAUAAGAUAUCUGCCAAGCUCUAUAAACAGCUCAGAGUGGUCUGUGAAGACCAUAUCAAGGCACAGAUUGACCAGUUCAGAGAGGAUGCCCUAGACAGUGUUCUGUUCCUCAAGAAAAUAGACAAAUGUUGGCAAGAUCACUGCAGACAAAUGAUCAUGAUUAGGAGUAUAUUUUUGUUUUUGGAUCGCACAUAUGUUUUACAAAAUUCAAUGCUGCCAUCAAUCUGGGACAUGGGCUUGGAGUUGUUUCGUUUCUAUAUCAUCAGUGACCUGAAGGUGCAGAGUAAGACGAUCGAUGGGAUUCUGCUUCUUAUUGAGAGAGAGCGGAGUGGAGAGGCCGUAGACCGCAGUCUCCUGAGGAGUCUUCUGAGCAUGCUCUCAGAUCUGCAGAUUUAUCAGGAUUCAUUUGAGCAGCGCUUUCUGGAGGAGACAAAUCGACUGUAUGCUGCAGAGGGCCAGAGACUCAUGCAGGAAAGAGAGGUGCCAGAGUAUCUCCAUCAUGUCAACAAACGUCUGGAAGAGGAGGCAGACAGAGUCAUUACAUACUUAGACCAGAGCACACAAAAACCCCUCAUUGCCACAGUAGAAAAGCAACUGCUUGGAGAACACCUCACUGCAAUACUUCAGAAAGGUUUGAAUAACCUGCUGGAUGAGAACCGUAUUCAGGAUCUGUCUCUGCUGUUCCAGCUCUUCAGUCGUGUGAGGGGAGGCGUUCAGGUGCUUCUGCAGCACUGGAUCGAGUACAUCAAGGCCUUUGGAAGCACAAUUGUCAUCAACCCAGAGAAAGACAAGACAAUGGUUCAGGAGCUUUUGGAUUUCAAGGAUAAAGUCGAUCACAUCAUUGAUGUGUGUUUCAUGAGGAAUGAGAAGUUUGUUAAUGGCAUGAAGGAGGCUUUCGAGACCUUUAUCAAUAAACGGCCAAACAAACCUGCUGAGCUCAUAGCAAAAUAUGUGGAUUCAAAGCUCCGUGCUGGGAACAAAGAAGCGACUGAUGAGGAACUUGAGAAAAUGUUGGACAAGAUAAUGAUCAUAUUCCGGUUCAUUUAUGGCAAAGAUGUUUUUGAGGCUUUCUACAAGAAAGACUUGGCGAAGAGGUUACUGGUGGGAAAAAGUGCCUCUGUAGAUGCAGAGAAAUCAAUGCUGUCAAAACUGAAGCAUGAAUGUGGAGCUGCAUUUACCAGUAAGCUGGAAGGGAUGUUUAAAGACAUGGAGCUGUCAAAAGAUAUUAUGGUGCAGUUCAAACAGCACAUGCAAUGCCAAAAUAUUCCUGGGAACAUUGAGCUGACAGUGAACAUCCUCACUAUGGGUUAUUGGCCAACAUAUGUACCCAUGGAAGUACAUCUGCCUGCAGAGAUGGUGAGAUUGCAGGAGAUUUUCAAAACGUUUUACCUGGGCAAACACAGUGGACGGAAACUACAAUGGCAGUCUACGUUAGGACAUUGUGUUUUAAAGGCAGAAUUCAAAGAGGUAACACGCGAAUUUAAAACAUCCUUUUCUAAAGGCUUCUCAGAGCUGAUGUUUAAUGAAGGGGAGGAGUUCUCUCUGGAGGAUAUUAAACUUGCUACAGGCAUUGAGGACGGUGAGCUGAGGCGGACUCUGCAGUCACUGGCCUGUGGGAAGGCACGUGUCCUUACCAAAAUCCCAAAGAGUAAAGACGUGGAGGAUGGAGACAAGUUCUCUUGUAAUGAUGAUUUCAAACACAAACUCUUCAGGAUUAAAAUCAACCAGAUCCAGAUGAAAGAAACGGUGGAGGAGCAAGCCAGCACUACAGAGAGAGUAUUCCAGGAUCGUCAGUACCAAAUCGAUGCUGCCAUUGUUCGAAUCAUGAAGAUGAGGAAAACUCUCAGCCAUAACCUUUUGGUGUCUGAAGUGUACAACCAACUUAAAUUCCCAGUUAAGCCUGCUGAUCUGAAGAAGAGGAUAGAGUCACUUAUUGACAGGGACUACAUGGAAAGGGAUAAGGAGAAUCCCAAUCAAUACAACUAUGUGGCUUAGAGAGAGGGAGAAUAAGAGGGGUAGAUGAGGGAUGUUAGAAAUGACAGGAGGAGGCUGUUCUCAGUGACGUUGUUUACUUCCCUUAGCACAUGGAGCCCCUUGUUCCAGGUUUUGUUCAUCUUCACCCAGUGACCAACAACUGAAUCAGUUUUCUCUUCAUGGAUUUGACAGGGUAGGGUAUGUUCUAUUUCUAUCAGAAUGGCGUGGCCAAUUAGAAGAAAAGAAAAUACAAAAUUAUUUUGUUAAAAUGCUUCUGAGAAUUGGACUAUCCCAAGUUUAAAAAGAAAAGUUGUUUAUUUUCAGAUUUGGCUCCAUGGCUUUUGUUUGUCUCUGGCAUGUUUUUUUUUUUCAUGGUUUAUUCAUGCAAAUAUCACAACAUAUUGACGUAUUACCUGUGCAAAGAAAACCAACACCAGAUAGAUUGAAUUUGACUCUCUUGUUCAGUCAGUGUUGUAUUGGGUAGCAGUGUGUGAAAGCAGGUUUUCUCUUUGCCAAUGUUUGUACAAAGAAAAGAAGAUUCAGCUGAUUGGUCACAAGCAAUUUAUGUUCUGUGAAUGUGAUUUAUUGAUAAAUAGAACAAUUGAGGCUGAUUGGAAAUUUCACAGUUUGUGCCAAGAUUAGAUAAAACCAAGCACUUGUUUUGUUUGUAGGAAUGUUAACGCUGCUAAACACUAACUUGUACAUCUUCCUUCUUUUUCCCUCCUUGCUUACACCUUCUCACAUUUCCUCCUCUUGUUUAUUUUGUAUAUACAUUUUACACACAACUUAGAUGUUUGACACUCUCGACUACAUUGCAACUGCAUUCUUUCUCCCUGGAAACUCUGAACAAGCACAGCAGUACCAUUUUAUCAUUCUAGUGUUUCCAAGUUUAUAUAACCCUUAAGUUUUGAAUUAGGCCCGUAUACUGAGAAACUCCUCUGUGUGGCAUCACUGGAUCUAUCUGUGGAAUUUUUGGCAAUGGUGUUUUGAGAAAACAUACUUAAGUGGACAGUCGUCCAGUGUCUGGAAAAAGUAUGCUUGUUUUUAUUGCCUCAGAAUAAACAACUGUAUGUGUUUC